GUAUCCGUGUAUCUGUGUAUCUUUAGCGCUGAAGUUUGCUUUUGUCUGCUGCCGCUGCUGGGCCGUGGCGCUGCUUUUGUUUUUGUCUCUUGCACGAGGAGGAGUAUCUGGCAGAUACACAGUACGCAGAGUAUACAAAGCGCUCGCUCCUCUCACAGGUUGCCACACAGUGAAAGGUCGUCCGUUAGCAUCCGCUACGCCUCUUGUCGUCGUCGUCGUCGUCGUCGUCGCGUACGUUGAAAUUCGUGAAAUUAGCGACGGCUUACAGUGCGGUAUCCGUGAGAUACUAUUCAGAGUAUCUUCAGAGUCUAUACUCGCCCUCUUUUAAUUGGAUUACAAUGAUUAUCCAUCCAUCGAGUGCAGUGGCAAUUGUGAAGUGAACAAGAUACAUCCAUUAGAUACAAUCCGCUAUCAAAAGUAUCUCUGCAACACUGGGAUUACAGCAGCUGAUCAUUAAUUUGGAUUCAAUUGGAAUAUGGUUGUAAUAAAUGGCUACAGCUUCAAGUCGCAGCAAAUCCUCAGCAAUCAGCAGCAGCAGCAGCACCCAGAUCCCCAACAGCAGCAGCAGCAGCAACAGAAUCUCUGCCUCUCUGCCGGAAUGACGGUCAAGACAAAGCGGGACUGGGACAUCAAUGACGCCAUCGUGCCGCAUGUGGCAGACCUGGAGUUCGACGAGUUCAGCGAGUGGAGCGACGGGCAUGUGCGGCACAUCUACGCGCUGUACAACGAGGAGGCCAAGAAGCACAUCUCCGGCUGGGCGAUGCGGAACACCAACAACCACAACGUGAACAUCCUCAAGAAGAGCUGCCUGGGGGUCCUGGUGUGCUCGCAGCACUGCGUCCUGCCCAACGGGUCGAGGAUCAACCUGCGGCCCGCGAUCUGCGACAAGGCGCGCCGCAAGCAGGAGGGCAAGCAGUGCCCCAACAAGAGCUGCCGGGGCGGCAGGCUGGAGAUCAAGCCCUGCCGCGGCCACUGCGGCUACCCCGUGACCCACUUCUGGCGCCACUCGGGGAACGCCAUCUUCUUCCAGGCCAAGGGAGUCCACGAUCACCUGCGGCCAGACCCCAAGAACUCGAGUGUCUCGAAGCGAGCCUUCGGCAGGAUUCCGCUCGGAGGGAAGGCCUCUGUGGGGGCCACGAAUCCCAAGAAGUCCGUCAUCGCGGGUCUGGUGAAGCAAGUGAAGCAGCAGAAUCUCAUGGGAAAAGGCAUCAAGGGGCAUCGUCCGGCGGUGGCCAGCAAUCCCUUGAGCCAUUCGGCAGCCUCUGCUCUGGACAUUUAUCCGUUCAAUGGCUGCGGCAAGUGCCACACCACCUACAGCCACUGCACCUGCCACAGCUACCUGGAGGCGGGGCAGUCCUCGAGCUACGCGAGCAACGGCGUGGCGGGGGGCUGGCCGCUGAACGGGGCGGAGGCCACGAUGGGCAAUCACUGCGAGAGCUCCGCGAAUGUGUUCACGGUGAACCACCAGCACAUCACCUACAACUAUCCCACCAUCUACCAUGCCACGCCGGCGGCCGCCACGGCCCCCAGCAAGUCGCCGGGCCUCCCGUACGCCUGCAUCUCGGAGCUGGCGGCAGCCUCCUACCAGCAGCAGCAGCAUCAAUCCUCCACCGGCGGCUACAGCAACGCCAUGUGCCACCAGGGACCAGCUGCCACGGGGUGUGGCAUCUCCUACGAGUCGAGUCCCCAGUUGGCGACGCCGGAGCCCGAGUUCAUCAACUACUCGCAGAUCAAGCAGCACCUCGGGGGCAGCAUCCAGGAGGAGCUUUGCAAGGGGGAGGGACAGGGGCAGGGGCAGGGGCAGCCAACCGUCAAGUAUAACGCCACCGUGGAGACGCAGCCGCUGGCGUACGCGGAGGAGAACUACGACUACUACUACAGCAGCCAUCGGGAGGCGAAGGGACACGUCCAGGACUACGAUCUGCAGCAGCACCAUCCCCACGGGCAUCCGCACCAGCAGCAGUUCCCCGGAGGCGUCUCCGCAGCCGCUGGACACUUCUACGAGAGCGCCAACGGCUACAACGGCGUCAGCUACUUCGACACGGGAACCACCGUGCCACCCGCCUCAGUGUCCGCCUCCACGGGGGCUGCAUCGAAUCCCGGCAUCGAUCCCGGCAGCGCUUCCGGCUAUGGAUCCUACUACGAUCACUAUUCCUCGUACGAACAGCAGAUGGCUCAGGCCCAGAUCGCACAGCCCUCGAUCGGGGUGAUGCCCACAGUGGCAGUGGCGCCGCCGCCUCCGCCCCCACCGCCCACGCUCACGUACCACCACCAUCAUCAUCACCAUUUGCACCAUUCAGCGGCAGCAGCUGCCACACAUGCGGCCCAUUGACAGAUAUGUACUUAAAGGGAGGGAGGAAUCACUCACUAGCUAGUAGCGUUUAGUUUAGUUUAGUGAUAGUGAUUAGUGGCGAAAUCUUAAUUUCCAAAAACGUAUUUGUAGUGUUAAAGAAUUGUUUUCUUUUAAAAUAAAUUAUGAAAUAUGUGUUGA